AUGAGUAACAAUACCAUUUCGGAGCUUGUCACUGAAGAUGGGAGUACUAUUAUGAAAGCUAAUCAACUGUGUAAUCAUGUGGUAAGUUAUUAUGAUAAUAAAUUCAAUAUAGAUGACCAUCCUAUUGACCCUCCGCUUUUUGAUUAUGAGCAUGCAUCCAUUUCUGCUAGCGAAUGUCAAGACAUGGAUAAAAUUCCUACGGUGGAGGAGAUCAAAGCUGUUGUUUUUGAGUUAGAUUGGUUUAAGAUUUUCACUAAAAUCUUGGCUACUAGAUUGGGUGGAGUCUUAGAUAAUCUAGUUUCUGAAGAACAAAUAGCUUUUAUAAAGGGUAGAAAUAUCCAUGAGAAUAUUAUCUUUACUACAGAAUUGGUUAAUGGUCUUCAAAAGAAGCGUAAGGAUGGUAAUUUGGGUCUCAAACUUGAUAUUUCUCAAUCUUUUGAUACAGUGAGAUGGUCUUUUGUCUUGGAGGUAUUUCGAAGGUUUGAAAGAACAAUGAUGGUUUCCACCAGCAGCAACAACGAUUACUCCUCCAUAUCUUCUGAUGAGGAUUUCAAGGCUUAUGCAGCCAAAUCGCGAGCUAAAACGAAUUAUGUUGAGGGAGCUAAAGCUAGCAUAUCCCUUAAUGACCGAAGGAUCUCUUAUGAAGAGCUCAUGAAGAGAAAGACCCAGGAUGAUGAGAUGGAGGAUCGUCGACGUAGAAAGGAUCGAAUCCGGUGCAGGAUACAGGCGGCUGAAGAGAGGCGUCAAUUUUUUGAUGGUGUACCCUCCGACUCUGACGCUAAUGCUUCUGAAGAGGAAACUGUGUGGGUGGUACGGAAUUACGAGAUUAAGCGGCGUACCAGAGAACUUCAAAAGAUUGCGAAGCAGGUUGAAGCUGAACUCGAAGCUGAGUACGAAGAAGAGGAUGACUCGGACUCAGAUGAUCCUAAUAUCCACCCAGACUUCAUCAAUGGCCGUGAUAGUGAUUCUGAUGAAGAACUCGAAGAGGAUUCUGCAAAGGACGAUGAUUAUGAAUCUGAUAAUUCUGACAAAUCUGAUGACUCUGACGAAUCUGACAAUUAA